AUGAGAGACUCUACAGUAGCAGGAAGUAGGCCUCCCCCCACUACCGCUGGGUCAGGGCUCCAAGAGGGUUACUCAGCAGAGCAAUGGGGACCCUGGAGGAGUCAUGGGCUGCUACUACAACAGUGUAUACGCCAAUUGAAGUGGCAGGAUAACGCCACUGCCCUGUUGAAGCUGAUGAAGCAGUAUGCUUGCAAACCACAAUCCCUCAAUAGGGAGGAGUUCACUCGUCUCCUCGAGGGUAUUGCCCUAUACUCCCACAUGCGUCUUGUUACGAGCCUUACAGAUUACUCUAUCACCGAUAAUGAUGCUCACAUAACAGCCCAACAGCUGUGGGAGGUCUUCGACAGGGAUCAGGACGGUCUGCUAUCAGAGACGGACUUGCUCGCUGGGCUCAUAGCUGUAGACCCCUUUACUCCCCAUGACCUCGAGUCACCAAGUGGUAUGUUGCGUAUGCAGUUUAUAUUCCUAUACUUUGAUGAGGACAAGAAUGGCCAGUUGGACCUCAAGGAGACCACUGGCCUUGUCAUGCACCUUCGUCAGCUGACUAGGGCUACUGGAGGGGCACUACGUUCGGCAUCAUCAUCAUCAUCGACUACCUUGGAAACCCUUGCAGAACUCCGCGCCUCCUCUAUAGUCGAGGCCAAGACUCUACUGUCAGAGGCAGGCUCUGCCUCGGCGGCGCUCACCUAUAAGUUGUUCUAUGAAGCUGUCAAGAAUGGGUCUAUCAAUGGUAAGGCGGCUCCUAGUGUAUCCCAACACACCUGCUCUAUCAGGGACUAG